AUGCCCGCAGCCAGCGCCCAAGCAACCUCAGCCACUUUACCUGCUCCGACUGGCGCAGCCACAGGGUAUACAGCUGACAUGAACCUCCACCUAGGCAGCAAUGGUAACAGCACAGCCGCCAUAAGGAACGACAAAAACCUCCAAAGAUUCACCAAGAUCCUCUGCGGUGCUCCCAUAACCGUCGCCCAGAACACCACUACCAACAGCAGGCCCUUCUCCGUGGCGGGUGGAGGAGACAUCUUUGUCGACGUCGACACUGCACUCAGCAGAACCUGUGAUGUCCAGCACAAUGUCUGUGCCGACGCCGCCAACAUAGGACAGUGCUUACAACAGACAGACACCUUGGGAAUCUUCCUCCUCCUCACAUCCAUGGCAACCUCAGCCAGUGCCGUCAAGGCUCUCACCUGGGGCGCCAUCGGUGCCAAUCUCUACGUCUUUGGCAGAUGGCAUAUCGUGCCGUACAAGCAAGACCCAAAAGAGACAGCCUCCGCCAACAACAAGCAGCACCAGCAGGAGCCCACGUCAUCCUCGUCGCCAGCCUACCGCGAGGUCCAAGCACGAACAGAGCGCUACAUGCGUGACAACUACACCCUGAGCAAGCGCAACAUCGAUGAGGGCCGCUGGUACACCGUCCUCACCUCCGCCUUCAGCCAUCAGAACCUCCCCCACCUGGCCAUCAACAUGUUCAUGCUGCGCGAGGCCAGCAUGAUCGCGAGCCACGUCGGUGUCGGCCCAGGACGCCUGGCAGCUCUCGCCCUGGGGUCUGCGCUGGGCGGGUCAGCGGGGUCGCUGUACGACAGUACCAGGCGUGUGCAGAACGGUGAGCCCGAUGUCCCCGGGCUGGGCGCCUCAGGCAUGGUUCAGGGCAUGCUGGUGGCGACCAUGCUGGCCGCGCCGCGCCUGCCCAUGCAGGUUAUGUUCAUUCCCAUCGAAAUCUCAUACCGGAACGUAGUGGGUGGCUUCAUCGCAUGGGAUUUGUACAACCUGUACCAGGAGAGAGCGGCGGGUCAGAGGAAGGAGAGCUGGACGGGCUCGGGCUCGUAUAUUGGAUAUGCGGCGCACCUGGGCGGCGGGGCGUUUGGGGCGGUUUUCUAUUUGCUGGCCAUACGGCGGGGCAGGCGACUCCCGUCGAGGUUUCGAUGA